GUUUUUUCAAGUUUUGAACUGUGUUUCUGUCCCGCUCGAGUGACCCUCUUCCUCUCACGCUCCUCUCUUCUUCUUCUUCUCAUUAUAAAAAUCCAUUCUUUCAUUCUCUUUUUCAACUCUCUCUCUCUCUCUCUCUCUCUCUCUGGUUCUUCAUAGGUAUGAUUGUAUGAUUUAGAUUUGAAAUCAUAUUGGGUUGCUCUUCUUCUUAAAGGCACAAGCUAUGAAUAAAUCAAAGAUUAGUACUUUGUGUGCCAAAGAUGAAGAGCGUCCACUUAGAAUCACUAGAUCAAGAGCAAAGGUUUUGGAAUCUUCAUCCAAAAAUGAAGGAAAAAAUGUUCACAUAGUAGAAAAUUCCAAAAGGGUUGUUGUUUGUUCUGAGAAUAAAACAUGUGUUGUUGAUGUUCCUAAGGUUGUUCCUCACCGUAAGAGAAGGGCAGCGUUUACUGAUGUAACUAACAUCACCACUAAACAACAUGAUAAACGUGUUAAACAUGUUAAAGUUCAGGCCAAAGGAGUUUACCAGAAGAAAAACACAAAGCUAACUUCAGAUGUUACCGUCGAAGUUUCAUCGGCACAAGAGGAUGUCAAAGGGAAGUUAACUGAAGAAUUGUCUGCCAUAAAGAUGGUAGAGUCAAAUGAUACUGUUGCUGCAGUAACUUUGGUUCAAGAACCAGAUGAACAUUGUAUGUCCAACAACAUAACAGAACAUGUUAUGACAAACACUUCACUUUCAAUGGAAGGAUCCGUGAAUGCCGAUAUAAAUAUGAUUUGUGAGAAGCUAGGAGCCUCAAAUUACCUGACCAUUGUGGACAUUGAUAAAGAGUUAAAGGAUUCUGAAGUUUGGAGUGCUUAUGCCCCAGAUAUAUACAGCAAAGUUCGAGUCGCUGAGCUUGAAAAGAGACCAUCAACCAAUUACAUGGAGAAGUUGCAGCAAGAUAUUUCUCCAACCAUGCGUGGAAUUUUGAUUGAUUGGCUUGUGGAGGUUACUGAGGAAUAUAAGUUGGUUCCUGACACUCUUUACCUUACUGUGAACCUCAUCGAUCGGUUUCUCUCAACAAGAUUGAUUCAGAAACACAGGCUCCAGUUGCUUGGUAUUACUUGCAUGUUCAUUGCAUCAAAGUACGAAGAGAUCUGUGCUCCUCGAGUGGAAGAAUUUUGUUUCAUCACAGAUAAUACAUACACAAAACAAGAGGUAGUGAAAAUGGAGAAAGAAGUUCUAAACCUUUUGCGUUUUCAGUUAUGUGUUCCUACAACCAAAACAUUUCUCAGGAGAUUCAUCCAAGCUGCACAAUCUUCUUACAAGGAUCCUCGUAUUGAACUUGAAUUCCUGGCAAAUUAUUUAGCAGAGCUUACUCUUGUUGACUACAGUUUCUUACAGUUUCUACCUUCUCAUGUGGCUGCUUCUGCUGUAUUCCUUGCCAGAUGGACUCUCAACCACUCAGAACACCCUUGGACUCCGACGCUGGAGUAUCAUACAAACUACAAAGCUUCUGAGCUAAAAACCGUUGUUAUUGCAUUGGAGGAUCUGCAACUUAAUACCAAAGGCUGUUCCCACCGUGCUAUACGUGAGAAAUAUAAGCAAGAGAAGUUCAAUUGUGUAGCAAAACUGUCUCCAAAACCAGUGCAAUCACUGUUCCAGGUUCAAGUGUAAUUAUGCAUUUCUAAGGACUCAAACAUGACUUCAGAAUUUCCAGUAUAGAGAGGGUAGUGUUAUCAUCAAUUGUGAUAUAGUUUACCCUUUACUCUUUUGUUACAUAGUUGUAACAUGUAACAUGGUCUCAAUCAAUUUUUGGUUCGUCUAGAUUUCUUUGUAACCUUGUAACAGUGAGUUGAAGUGUACUAAGAUGAAUUGAAAUACUAGGGUAGAGUAAAAUACUUCAUUUUGAAAUUGUCAUAUUAUUAUGUAACAAAGCCAUGUGGCUGCUUUUGGAAUUACAUACAGUUUACUUUUAUUUCUUUUCA